AACCUUGGGAAUCUAGGACACUUGUGAUCGCUGCACACAUGGAACCAUGAAGUCCAACGCCUGCUCUGAGGUUCCCCCGCGCAUUUUAUCCUCCUUGGGAUCCCUGCCUGAUGUCCCGAGCAUUCGCAGCUCUCUCCUCCAUCCGCAAGACUACAAUGUCUAACAUGGACAAGUACGAGUCGUUCUUUCGUUACACUUCCGGUCGUUGGCUCUACAACGAGAAAGAACAGCUCGCGAUACGUUACGUUCGUUUCAAUGUCGACGCUCUAAAGAAGGUCGCUGCCGAGGCUGUCGGAGCCAGCUAUUGCACCGACAUCAGGAAGACGCAUGAGGCAUUCAACAAGAUAUUCAUGCUUCGGUUCGACAACAAUGCUGAACUUGUUGCGAAAAUCCCGACGCCUCUCGUGUCUCCUCCACACCUCUGCACCGCAUCAGAGGUCGCUACAAUGGACUACGUCCGGAACGUCAUGGGCCUUCCUGUCCCCAAAGUCUUCGGAUGGUGCUCUCGAGCCGAAACCACUGACGUUGGUGCUGAGUACAUCCUCAUGGAGAAGAUCGACGGCGUUUGUCUUCAAGAUUGUUGGCAGGCGAUGAAUGCGGAUGAAGCGAAAGCCGCGAUAAAUGACGUUGUUGAUGCACAGUGCCACUUUGCCCAUACCCGGUUCUCCCAAAUCGGCAGUUUGUUCUACAAGGAUGAUGUGGACCUAUCGCUUCGUGAUCGUCCGUUGUAUGCCAAUGGGACCGAUGGUAACUCUGAGUCGCCCCGCUUUUGUAUCGGUCCUUUAAUGCGGUGGGAUCUAUGGUGUCACGACCGUCAUACUCUCAACGUUGACCAUGGUCCAUGGCCAAACCUGCCGUCCUUCCUCUCUGCUCUUGGUCGAAAGCAAUCUGAAUGGCUCAGAUUGGUUGCGGCCAACCGUAGCCAACGUUGUGCACUCCGCCGCGCGCCUCGUGACGAGUCGCCUGAUAUACACAUUCGAUGGAUCGAGCGAUUCUUGACCGUUCUGCCCCAUGUUGUUCCUCCGGUUGAGUUACAGGUCCCAGUUUUAUGGAAUGACCUCGAGGCUACCAGUCUAGUAGUGCAGCCAAAGGAUCACCAUCCCGUAAAGGCAAUCCUGGAUUGGCAGUACUCACAUCUAUCGCCUCUUUUCCUACAAGUGAGGCUUUGUGAAGCCUUUCUGUUUGAGGGUGACGAACGCAUCACCCUGCCUCAAGAAUUUUCGAUGCCCAGAAAGCCGCCAAAUUACGAUAGUUUACCCGACGAUGAGCGGGCUUACUUGGACCGGGAGUAUGAGCUCGCUGUCAGACAGCGUGUGUACGAGGGUCUCCUUCGAGAGCGUGUUCCAGUGACCUAUACACUCCUUGAACGUCCGCAUCAAAUGCAAACUCACCUCGGCAUCCUCGAACUUUCCCGUACCUGGUAUAAUGGUCUUCAUCAACUUCGCGAUUAUUUAAUCCAACUGCAGUUGUGGUGGGACGACAUUGCACCAAGUGUGCCCUUCCCUAAUCCAGCAGGCGAUGAAGAGAUUGAGCGACACAUUGUAGAAUGCAGUGGAUUCGAGAUAUAUUCCGAGAACGUGGAGCAGCUCAGGAAGGAGCUAGGGGUUGACGUGGAUGGUUGGGUUAGUAAUGAACGCUUUGACGAAGUGAUGAGGCGUAGCGAAGAACUUAAGUCGGCAUGGAAUACUAAAGCGAUGGCAGGACCUUGGCCCUUCCAAGACGGGAGGUACUCAUAUUACUUGGACUUGUGACCAGCAAAAUAGCUUCUACAAGACAGAUUUAUAUGUUUACAGCAGCGGUUGCUUCGUUGUCAAUGCAUCACUUUAUUCUGGUUCUGGGUUCAACGGAAGGCAGGUUAGCGCCGCGAAGGCUUUUACCCGUGAUUUAUACGUUGAAGAUAGAUGAUGUCAUUCAAAGGGAUCUCGAGUACGUAUCGUUUAAUACGAGGCAGCGGCAAGACGCCCUGUCAAAAAUCAAGCCAGUACGAAUAGCCUCCAUCCUGGAAAGGAUAUGGACCGCCCAUCUCCUCCUCAUUCCAUCGAAAUUUCAUCUUCUCAUUCAGUUUCUUCACCUGCAGAUACUGGUUGUGCGACACCUCUCCAUCGAACCCACUCCCCAAAUCUGCCCUCAGACUCUCCACGUUCUCCUUGUAUAGAACGGUGCGCUCAUAUUCCGUUUCGUGCCGCUUAAGUUCAGUUUCAUCAAUGGGACAUGGAAAUGGUUGGCCAGGUGCAAUAGAGUCCCAUUCACUCUGAAUCUCAACCAGAAUCUGGCGCAGAGGGCUGACACCAUGGAACCACGAGGCAAAUAGUUCGAUCAUAAAGGAGGUCAACCAGGGUCGGUAAGGAUGAUGAAGUGCCGCCCAUUGUGAGGGGCAUCUCUGAUACAUGAAAGAUUGAUAGAGCUUCCAUCGUAGUGCGAGACCCUGCUGGAUGCGUAGAUACCUCUUCUCGUCAGGCGGAAGCUCAUCAUAAUUGGCCGGCAUUCGAGGCUUCUCAUUGCCAGGGACGAUUUCAAUACGAGGGUCCCCGUCAUAAACAAUAUAUGCGGCA